CACGGUUUGGUCAAAUUGAGACCUUCGAAACUCAAAAGCUGAAGCUGUUUGAUGUUUUUUUUUUUUUUUUAUUCUUAUAAAUGGAUAGUGUGCCGUGUCUUCGGGUAUCGCAGUGCCAUGCACAACAGUUCAGGAAAUGUCUACAGUCUGAAGGAGUUCUGGACCUGAGUUUGUGUUUAGUAAAGGACUCGGAUGGAACUGUUCUUCUUCCCAUCUUACCCUCUGGUUUACCACAUCUGGACCUGCAGCAGCUCAACACCAUGGUCCCUGAUAACAGAACCUGUGAAGUAGUUUGGACUCAGGCUCCUCUGCAGUCCAAGAAGAGAAAAGGACAGAGAAGUUGUAUUGAACUAGAGGAAACUCUUCAGGAGCUGUUGGAGUGUCAUGGAGAAAGAUGGACAGGGGAGUUAAAGCGGGACAUCCCUCGCAGCUUCCAGAGGCAUGGAGACCUGGUCCUACUUGGAGAUAACUGUUUCUGUUUACCGCUUUGGAAGAAAAUGGAUAAUCAGCUUUGGACUGCUGUGGCCAAAGGGCUGGGGGCAAAGCGCCUCGCUAAAAUGAGUCAAAUAUCCAGUGAUGGGUUUCGGUCCCCUGUUGUGACGAUGCUGCUGGGGGAGCACAGCUGGGUCACACAUGUGGACAACGGCAUCAGGUAUGAGUUUGAUGUUACCAAGUGCAUGUUCUCAUCUGGAAACAUUACAGAGAAGCUCAGAGUGGCUGGAUUCGACUGCAGAGGGGAGACCGUGGUGGAUUUAUAUGCAGGAAUUGGAUACUUUACUCUACCGUACCUGGUCCAUGCGAGGGCGGCUCAUGUUCAUGCCUGUGAGUGGAACCCGGACGCUGUUGAAGCUCUGCGGAAAAACCUCAAAGCAAACAGAGCGUCUGAGCGCUGCACAAUUCACCAAGGAGACAAUCGACAACUCCAGCUGUGCGACGUCGCAGACCGAGUCAACCUGGGCCUCAUCCCCAGCUCUGAGGACGGCUGGCCUGUUGCUUGUCAACUGCUGAGGAGAUCGACCGGUGGCAUUUUACACAUUCACCAAAACGUCACAUCACCGUUAUCGAACUCAUCCGUCAUCCCACAAGUCAGUGAUGCCACCCAGAGGGUUUCUGGGAAGACGGCAGACAGAGAUGCGUGGCAGGCCUGGGCUGAUGACACAGCACAGCGGUUCACCUCUUUGUUAAAGGACAUCACUGGUUCACCAUGGAGAACCAAAAUCCAACACAUAGAGCAUGUGAAGUCCUACGCACCUCAUGUUCAUCACAUUGUCCUGGACUUAGAAUGCAGACCAUCAUGAACACAGACAGUGGGUGCUGAGUUCACAGAUUAUCACCACAACCAAACAAAAAAGAAAUGAAUUUCUGAGUUUUGCCUCCUUUUUUACUUAUUUUAUCAGUCUGUGAAAUCAGCUGUUGCAAAGAUUUGUUUUUUUCUUUAAAUGCUGUUUUCUUUUUCUUUUUUUUUUUUUUUUUAGAAACACCCAACCCUAUUCAAACAACAUCACCUGUGUUGGCGCCCAAAUUUGGUUGAAAAAGUACUAAUUUUCCAUGCAUCAUGUUUUCAGGACCUCUUAUAGAAUUGGAAUUAAAACUUAAAAACCACAGCUCUUUGACAGUGACAUCACUUUACUAUGAUUAAUCAAAAUGAUCAAUUUCUGUAAGAUUCAUUCAUUUUAGGCUUCAAAUAUGUGGUUCAGCUGUAAUGGUCAACCUAGAGGACAUGGAUAAUGGCAAAUUUUUGUACAAACAUACUCUUAAACUUAAAGAAAGAAUCAAAAUACUUAAGAGCAAAAACCUCUGAAAUGCUCAUACUUCUUUACAGUGAGUUGGGAUUUACUGUUUGAUUAGUGUGAAACAUAUGCCUUGGCUUUCAUCAAAAUCUCAUCACAGCCUAUCAUCCAAAUGCCACAGAAGGAAAAUACAGUAUAAUGCUUUAAACAUGUUAUCUGCAAUCAUCUCUAUCUGUAGUGUAGAAGACAUUACUUUUUUCUACAAAUAUAUUUAUGUUUUUUUAAAUGUUACACAAAAACAACAUAACACACUUAAACAUUACAGCAAUCCCAGUAAAUCCCCCACUCCCCCAACAGCAUCAUACUGUAUCUGUCAGUUACAACCUAACUGUCUAUACAGAUAAGUCUGUUAUAGAGGUAGACUGAUAUUGAUUUUUUUUUCAAUAUCGGCGAUUGGCCUUAAUUUUUUUUUUUUUUGAAAGCCGAUACUUG